CAGCUACAGGGAUGUGGCAACUAGGGUGAUGAGAACUUCCGAGGCACAUCUCUGAUACAAUGAUAGCGCAAGUGGCUUUGACCAACGAUUGUUCAUUGCCCUCACAUACCAAUUCUUCCAUUUAUACAAGUUGGCACUUCUCCAUCUCUUCAUUCUCUUGAAACAUCUUCUGUGUUAUUUGCAAAGUGAGACGAAAUCAGACAUCAUGGGUGCCCUCGACCGACUCCAGCAAAUCUCCGGCCAGAUCACUGGCGCCAAAUCGGCCAAAGAUCGCUUACUGAUCAAAUCCCCCGACGACAUCGUCGUGACAGCCUGCCUCCGCACCGCCUUCACCAAAGGCGGCAAGGGCGGGUUCAAAGAUACGCACGCCGCAGACCUGAUGGCAGGCGCUCUCCAAGGCAUCAUUUCGCGAUCCGGCAUCGACCCUGCCCUCGUCGAGGACGUCUGCGUGGGCACGGUACUGGCCCCCGGUGGUGGCGCGACCGAGAUGCGGGCGGCGGCGCUGGUGGCCGGGUUCCCCGAGUCAACGGCGGUGCGCACGUUGAACCGGCAGUGCUCGUCGGGUCUGCAGGCAUGUGUCGAUGUUGCGAAUCAGAUUCGCGCGGGGAUGAUUGAGGUCGGCAUUGGGGCCGGGGUGGAGAGUAUGAGUUUGAACUACGGUCCUGCUGCUGUAUCCGAGUUUUCCGAACUCCUCGAAUCCGUCCCCGAAGCUGCUAACUGCAAAGUGCCUAUGGGCGUGCUCUCCGAAGACAUGGCCAAAGACCGCAAUAUUCCUCGCGCCGCGCAGGAUUCCUUCGCUGCGUCGUCGUAUCAGAAAGCAGCCAAGGCCCAGGAGGCCGGGCUCUUCAACGAGGAAAUCCACCCCCUGACAGUUAAGUUCGAAGACCCGAAGAGCGGUGAGACCAAGAGCAUCACCGUGUCCAAGGAUGACGGCGUGCGCCCCGGUACAACAGCCGAGUCUCUAGGCAAAAUGAAGGGCGCCUUUGCGCAAGGGGGUUCCAUUCAUGCUGGCAACGCGUCGCAAAUUUCCGACGGCGCCGCGGCGGUCCUGAUGAUGAAGCGGUCGACAGCUGAGCGGCUAGGACAGACCAUCCUGGGUAAAUACGUAGCCGCCAGCAUUGUGGGCGUCAAGCCUCUGCUCAUGGGCGUCGGACCCUGGAAGGCGAUCCCCAAGGUUUUCGAGCUCACGGGCAUUACCAAGGAUGACGUGGAUAUCUUUGAGAUUAACGAAGCAUUUGCGAGUCAGUGCUUGUGGUGCGCCAAUGAGCUAGGAUUGCCGAUGGAGAAAAUUAACCCGAAGGGAGGUGCGAUUGCAUUUGGGCAUCCGCUGGGGUGCACGGGGGCGAGGCAAGUAUCGACGUUGUUGUAUGAGUUGAAGAGACGGGGAGAGAAGGUCGGAGUUACUAGCAUGUGCAUAGGUACCGGCAUGGGCAUGGCUGCUGUAUGGGUUGCUGAGUAAGAGGCCUUGUAGGGGUGAGAUGCACAGAGCUACCCGACUGGCCUGCCGUGAACUUAGCAUCAUGACAUCAAUCCAUACACUUAUAAUUGAUCAAUCUAUUCCUUUUUAUGGUCACACAAUGC